GCAGCAGCAGCAGCAGGCAGUAGUAGCGUUCCCCUAGCAGUGCGCCUUCCUCCGCAGUGUGGUGGCUGUCGCGGUAGCCGAUCGACGGGCUGGCUCGACGGCGAAAAGCGGUCAGCGAACGGACACCCCCGUUACUAUGGGAAAGAAGCAGCUCGCGAUUCAGGAGAGGCAGAGGAAACGACGGAACAGCAGACACAUGUAGCAUUCGGGCAUCAGUAUAAUGAAGCCGUCCAUGAAAAUGGGAGUGAUCGCCUUGAUAGGGAUCUGCGUAGUCUUUUAUCAAUAUCACCUGUCCACCGGCGUUACUUUCGACCAAGUAACGGCCUUCAAUGCCGAUACUUCCGCGGACGAUGCCGGGGAUUUGCCGAUCGGUGAGGAGGGUGACAGUAGAACCCCAAGGCUCGCCGAAGAAAUGAUUCGAUACGCCGUCUACCGAGUACAAAUCACGAACGGCCUGAGUCCGGAAAUAAGCUCGAUGCUCGUGCAGGAACUCAUCAAUCAGUUAAGCAAAAACGCCUCGGUGGCCUCGAGAAAUAAUUUCAAGUCUCCGCCGCAAUCGCAACCCCCAGCGACGGCGAUACACAGGACGGUAACGCCUCGUCCGUCGCUCCCUUCCGAGGAAUCGUCCGAAGAACCCCUGUACAUCAUCACGCCCACAUAUCGAAGACCCGAACAGAUCCCUGAACUCACGAGGAUGGCCCAUACCUUAAUGCUGAUCAAAAAUAUACAUUGGCUCGUCAUCGAAGAUGCUAGCGUCGCUACCAAGCAAGUCACCACAUUAUUGGAAAGGACAGGCUUGAAGUUCGAUCAUUUAAUCGCUCCGAUGCCGGAGAAAUACAAACUCAAGAAGGGCGCCAAGCCGCGAGGGGUGUCGAACAGAAAUCGCGGUUUACGGUGGAUCAGGGCGAAUGCCACGAAAGGUGUGUUCUACUUCGCCGACGACGACAAUACUUACGAUAUUGAACUUUUCGACGAGGUACGAUUGUGUGUGAUUACAAGUAUUUACUUCGCUGAAGAUCUGAGAUGUGUUUCUAAAAGAUUCUUUAACAUGUUUUUUUUUUUCUUUCAGAUUCGCAAGACAAAGACAGUGUCGAUGUUUCCGGUGGGAUUAUGCACCAAGUUCGGACUGAGCUCGCCGAUCUUGAAGAACGGAAAAUUCGCAGGGUUCUACGAUGGUUGGGUAGCUGGACGGAAGUUCCCGGUGGACAUGGCCGGGUUCGCCGUGAACGUCAAGUUUCUGCAUCAGCGGCCGAACGCCACCAUGCCGUUCCGCGCAGGAUUUGAGGAGGACGGAUUCUUGAAGAGCCUGGCACCAUUCGAGCCGCGGGAAGCCCAACUGCUGGCGGACAAUUGCACCAAGGUGCUAGCCUGGCACACACAGACGAAGAAGAAUGAGCCGAGCGCGCCGUUGGACAUGAAGCUUUAUGGCGCGACGAAUCUGGUGAAGCUCAAGCAACAGAUAGUAUGAUGUCGGCCGGGACAACGAAGAUGCGUGAACUCGAACCUGAAUCUUGUGUGUAAUCCCGCCCCUCCUUCGCACUAGUUCAUCGGUGUCACUCCAGGGGAAUUCCUAGGUGCGGAAAACUGUGCGAUUCAGUGCCUAAAAGUAUAUCUACCUUCUCUCUCACGGCGAGAGCGGGAAAAUCGUUGUUACCUUUAAGCAUAGUUGGUAAAACGAAUCGUUUUUUUAUCAGCUUUUACACAUCCGCAACAAGUAGGUCGCUCCGAAGACGCCCUUGCUCCGAGAAAGAAUACCGCGGUGGGAAAAGAGAAUAAAGUAAGAUUCUCGGGGUAAUGCUAUAUGACUCGAUACAGUGCAGAAAAUUUACGCGUAGAGUCCGAAACCGUAUUACCGUUUACUUUUUGGCAUUCCCACUUUUGUGAAGUGAUGCACGGAAUGAACAGUUUUGCUAAACCUAAAAAUUUAGCUGUAAGAUACAGAUUUAAAGAUAAUUUUACUUGAAUCUCAC